AUGAGGAUGUGUCGAGGCCGCCUAACUCUGCUUGUGGUGCUGGCCGCGGUGGCGCUGGCCGCGCCAGCCGCGGCUCGCACAGCACCAUUCCUGCCUCGCAACCUCCUGUCGACGCCAGACACAUCCAUCGUGAUCGAGGUGUCCACAAACCAUAUCGAGUAUUCCGGGGAGUAUGUCAACGUCUCGUGGUCCGGCGUAGCGUCGCCUGCAGCCACAGACAUGCUGGCGAUGUACCUAGCGGACAAGGACCCCACCACCAGCCUGCCCAUGAAGUAUAUCUGGACCUCGCUGUCAGAGAGUGCCGGCGCCCCAGGCUCUGGAUCGUACAGUUUCCAGGUGUACAAUUACUACGAGCCCAUCAAGUUCCUCUUCCUGCGCGGCGGCUUCAGCAACAAGUCGUUGGUGGCCGAGUCGGAGCCAGUGACGGCGGGCAACCCCCAGCAGCCCGCACAGAUCAAGCUGGCCUUCACCGAAGAUCCCAGCGAGAUGCGGGUGACCUGGCUGACACAGUUCGAGGGCGCUCCCUUUGUGAGGUACGGUCUGGCCGAGGACGAGCUGGAUGCCCAGGUGCCGGCCAACGUGACCACCUACACCGCGGCCGACCUGUGCGGUGCCCCAGCCAACUCCACCGGCUGGAAGGCACCGGGGAUGAUCAACAGCGGCGUGAUGGCCGACUUGGAGCCCAACACCCGCUACUACUACGUCGUCGGGGACGAGGCUGCCAACACGACCAGCACCGUCAGCUCCUUCAUCAGCGCCCCAGGCCCCGAUGACGCCGUGAAGCUGCUGGCCUUUGCGGAUGUGGGGCAGUACAACGAGGACGGGACCAAGGGCUUUGGGUACUGGUAUGACACCUACGGCCUGUUUGACGAGUUCUAUGCCAUCGGCACCCUGCAGUACACUGCCCUGCAAGCCGUGCUGGUGACGCUGAGUCAGCAGGCCGACCAGGACGGGACCAUCCUGGUGUACCCCGCGCUGAUCGAGGAGGCCAGCACCGGGGAGUACCACUCCGCCUGGCACAAUGGCGAUGUGUCAUAUGCUCGAGGCAUGGCGUGGCAGUGGGACACCUUUGGGCACCUCAUGGAGCCUCUCUCCAGCCGCGUCCCCACCAUGUACUCUCCUGGGAACCACGAGUACGACUGGCCAACGGCGCACGACUCGCAAUUUGCAGAGGCCAUUGACAGCGGCGGCGAGUGUGGCGUUCCCUACAAGAUGCGGGCCCCCAUGCCCACUGUGUCGAGCGACGACCUCUUCUACUCCAUCGACCAUGGUCCAAUCCACUUCCUCCAGCUCAACACAGAGGCUCGCUUUGACGAGGACUCAGAGCAGUACAAGUUUGUGGUGCGGGACCUGUUGACCGUGGAUCGCUCCAAGACGCCCUGGGUGGUGGUUGGAUUCCACAGGAUGAUGUACACUGACGCCUUCGAUGGCGUGUCAGAGGCCUCCGCCCAGCGCGUCGCGGCCGAGAUGCGCGGUGUCUUUGAGGCUAUGUUCGUGUACUUUGGCGUGGAUAUGACCUGGCAGGGCCACAACCAUGUCUACCAGCGCACCUGCCCCGUGUUCAACAACACCUGCGUGGGCUACGACAAGGAGGGCGUCGCCCGUGGCCCCAUCCACGUCACCAUGGGCCAUGCGGGUGAGGGGGUGGAGGGCUGCGGUGCGGCGCGGGGAGGGGUGGAAGGAGGGGUUGCGGAUGGGGGGCGCGGCACGAUUUGCAGUGCCAGGCUGGAGGACAGGUAG